UGCCUAGUGCGAUUCCACGAUGAAUGACGUCCACUCUCGAUAUAAAAGUACAUUUCCACAAGGCUGUCUUUAAAUCUGUUUCUAUAUUGUUAAUAAAGGGAUGGCAACACGAAUAUGGAGUUCGUCUAUUUCCACGAUUUUCUUCGACUUGGAUAAUACGUUAAUUCCAACGAGAAAAGCGGAUAAAUUAGCCUGCAAUAAGAUAUCAGAAAUCCUACGAGACAGAUACUCUCUGACGUCAACCGCAACCUCUCAAAUUUGCAACACUUUCUUAAAAUCCUUCAGGAAAUGUCCGGAGAACGUAAAUAUGGGCUUAGACGAAUGGAGACACUUGUUGUGGGUUCAGUCAUUGGGCGAUGACUAUUGUCACCUUGCCGAUACAGUAUACCGUAAAUGGUUACAGCUGCGCUUCGCCUACCUGGCGAUAACGCCAGAGAUCAAAAUAUUACUUAACAAACUACACCAGACGUACUUACUCGGACUAAUAACGAACGGUACAUCGAACGCGCAAUGGGAAAAAAUUAACAGGCUGCAGUUACGCGAAUAUUUCGACGUGAUAUUAGUAUCGGGAGACCUUCCCUGUGAGAAACCCGAUAAAAUGAUAUUUAAGGAGGCGUGUAACUUGCUCGGUGUGAAACCGCUGCAGUGUCUAAUGGUAGGAGACAAGUUAGAAACCGAUAUCCUAGGUGGCAUGCAGGCGAAAUUAGGCGGUACCAUUUGGAUACCUUUGAACGGCGCUAGCUUCGAGUUUAGCCAAUGUCGCCCGGAUUAUAUCAUCCAAAGCGUUCACGAAUUGAUUAGUUUGCUACCGAAAAAUGUCGCUGUACCCGUUUUUCGACGCAACAUCGAUUUGGAUGAUUCUAACAGCAACAGUAGCGACGGGAGCUGAUUCUUAUUCAUUUUAAUUUUUAAUUUAUAAAUGAAUGUUGCUCGACACGUAGUGGGUGUAGUAGGUAGUAGUAUUUAGAUAGCUCAGAACAAAUUUUCUUUCGUAACAAAUGGUGCUAGGAUGGCAUGUGAUAUGAUCUUAACAGUUACCGAAGUGAAUGAUCUACAGUCUUAUGAAUUUGAGACUGAUAAUGUAAGCUAAAUGUUUGCAGAAUGUCGUCACAAUUAUUUGUGAUACACUACACUACUGUAUUAGAAUGCAAAAAUAUUACUUUUAGCCAUUGUUUACUAACUUUUUACGCAAGUAGAAUAUAACUAAUUUAUUUUAAUUUAAGAAAACAUAAUUACACACCUAAAACACAAAAAAAAACGUAACAGAAGACAUCUGAUGGAGAUCAAGUGCAAAUAUUUUUCUUUUUGGUGUUGGGAAACUCUUCACUCUUCUCAGAAAUAACAUAUUUUUUAUUUCUUCGAAUUAUUUUUACAUCUACAUAUUAAACAAAUAGAGAUAGUACAACUAAACAAAACGUUUGAAUACCAUUUAGUUUUAAGCGAGAGUGUGCUCAUCUGUACAGUAUAUUUAGAAAUAUUAAAGCGCUCAUUAUUAAA